AUGUCAAGGCUAGCAGGUGAAACCUUAUUGUCAAUUUCGUUUCUACUUUCUCAUUUCAGCAAUUCCAAUACUCAACAUCAGUUAAACAGUGAUUAUCGAACGACACUUGAUCAUCAGCAAUUGAAUGACGAUGAAGAAUCCAAUCCAAUUGAACAAAACUCUAGUUUAUCACAUUUCAUAUCAUCAGCGACGAGAUUAGACGACGAUGAAGAGGAUAAACCUCUUCUAUCGCGGCAACAGCAUAACCAGAACAAAGCAGCAACAUCAUCAGUAGUACCAAAUAAAAAUAUCUCGCAUAGUUCAGAUGAAUCUGAACAACAUCAGGAAAGAUUAAGUGAUAGUGAUGAAGAAAGCGAAGCAAGUGAUGAUAAUGAUAAUGACGAUGAUGAUGACGAUGAUGAUGAUGAAGAGGAAGAAGACGAGGAAGAUGAAGAUGAUGACGAAGCAAGCGAAGACGAAGACGACGAUGACGAUGAUGAUGAUUUCGACGAUAGAAGACGAUCGAGAGCAAAAUCGAAACGUGGCUUUGGUCAAGCAAAACCCAAAGGCAAACCGAAAAAACAAGCAAAUCGUUCGAGGAGUGCUGCGACGAAUGCAUCGUCCACUCGCAAACGUCAACGAACGUCGUCGUCGACAAGUUUUACAUCUGUAUCGAAGAAACCUCGUCGUCAGCAAUCGGCCGGUGGUGGCGCAUCAUCGGCUUCAUUGAAUAAACGAAAGAAUCGUCGAACAGCUACAUCGAAUCCAAUCAACUAUCACGAAGAAUCCGAUGAUGACGAACUAAACAAUCAAGUGCGACGUCGAUCGAAGAAACAACAACGUCAUUUAUCAUCGAAUUCCGAUUCCGAUGACGACCAAAACAGUAAUAACGAUGAUGAAUCGAAUUCGAACGAAUACCAUCAAGUCAAAUCCAACCUUGUCACUGAUCUCGAAGUUAAUACUGCCAAACGGCAAACCAAAGUGCGCAUAUCUGAUAAUCUCUCAUCGUCCGGUGAAGGAAUGACGCUCGUCGCAGAUGAACCAUCAUCCGAAGUGAUCGAAAAAGUUUUGAAAGUACGUUUCGGUCGAAAAGACGCGACUGGUCCGUCAACAACUAUCUAUAACAUUAAUGAAUUCGGUGAUCCCAAUGCUGAUUAUAAUGGUGAUGAUGAAACUCAAUCGGAUGGUGAACAACAGUUUUUAAUCAAGUGGAAAAAUUGGUCACAUUUGCAUAACACAUGGGAAAGUCGAUCAAGUCUACAGCAAUCACAUGUAAAAAACUCGCGUAUUCUAGAAAAUUUCCUCAAACAACAUGAACAGACACGAUUGUGGCGCCGUGAGAAUCUUAACAUGGACGAAAUCGAAAUGUUCGAAUGUCAACAAGAAUUGAACGACACGGCCUUGGAGGGUUAUCAGCUAGUCGAACGUAUCGUUGCGCAUGAAAAGAAUCGUGAACAAGAGAAUACGUAUGAUUAUUUAUGCAAAUGGGACGGUCUACCAUAUAGUGAAUGCACAUGGGAAGAUGGAAACUUGAUAUCGAAAAGAUUCCAAAGUAAAAUUGAUGAGUAUAACGCCAGAUUAACACAACAAGCGGAAGAUCUGCAAUUGCAACAACAACAAGCCACUAGUGGAAGUGGAAGAAAGAAGGCGGUAGUGACUCGACCACGAUUUUCACCGAUUACUGUGCAGCCAUUGUACUUAGCUCCUGAAGAACCUGAAUUCAAACUACGAGAUUAUCAAUUAGAAGGUUUAAAUUGGUUAGCACACUCCUGGUGUAAACAAAAUUCAGUUAUCUUAGCAGACGAAAUGGGACUUGGUAAAACUAUCCAAACAAUCUCAUUUCUCUCCUACGUUUUCGAAGAACAUCACGUUCAUGGCCCAUUUCUCAUCGCUGUCCCCUUAUCGACUAUUCAAGGUUGGCAACAAGAAUUUCAACGUUGGGCACCACAAAUGAAUACUAUUAUAUAUAUCGGUGAUAUGGUUUCACGUGAAAAAAUUCGUCAUUUCGAAAUGUAUGCAUCUGGCAAUAAAAAGCAAUUGAAAUUUCAUGCCUUGCUAACAACCUACGAUUUUCUCCUCAAAGACAGUAAAUAUUUAUCGUCCAUCAACUGGAGCGUCAUUCUUGUCGAUGAAGCACAUCGUUUGAAAAACGAUGAUUCCAUGCUCUAUCGAAAAUUGAUCGAAUUCGAAUCGCAGCACCGAAUUCUCAUCACCGGUACGCCAUUGCAAAAUUCUUUGAAAGAAUUAUGGUCGCUGUUGCAUUUCAUCAUGCCGAAUGAUUUCAAUGAUUGGAAUCAUUUCGAUUCGAAAUAUUCCUCGUUAUUAGCAACAAAUGAUACGAGUUCCGUGAAACGUUCGAGUGAUUUGCAUAAAGAAUUAGAACCCUUCUUAUUGCGACGUGUCAAACGAGAUGUCGAGAAAUCUUUACCAGCCAAAGUUGAACAAAUUCUUCGCGUCGAAAUGACACGCUUACAGAAACAAUAUUACAAAUGGAUAUUGACGCGAAACUACCGAGCGUUGAUUAACGAACGCGGUGGAAGUCUGCCAUCGUUUAUUAAUAUAAUGAUGGAAUUGAAAAAAUGUGCAAAUCAUGCAUUUUUCGUUAAACGUGACGAUGAAACCGCUGCUACACUUGAUGAGAUCAUCAAAGGUAGUGGCAAGUUGUUGCUGUUAGAUAAAUUGUUACUGAAAUUACGUGCAAGCAAUCAUCGAGUUUUAAUCUUUUCUCAAAUGGUGAAAAUGCUCAAUAUUUUAGCUGAAUACUGUAAAUUAAGACGAUUUCCAUUCCAAAGACUCGAUGGUUCGAUGAAAGGCGAAAUACGUCGGCAAGCGUUGAAUAGUUUCAAUCGUGAAUCGUCGGAAGACUUUAUUUUCCUUCUCUCAACCCGGGCGGGCGGUCUAGGUAUCAAUUUAGCUACAGCUGAUACAGUCAUCAUUUACGAUAGUGAUUGGAAUCCGCAGAAUGAUCUUCAAGCGCAAGCACGCGCACACCGGAUUGGCCAAAAAAAGCAAGUUAACAUCUAUCGCCUUGUCGCCAAACAAUCUGUUGAAGAAACGAUUAUCGAACGGGCAAAACAGAAAAUGGUUUUAGAUCAUUUAGUUAUUCAACGGAUGGACACGACAGGUCGUAAUGCAUUUCAAAAUUUUAAUAAUACACCGUCGUCGUCAUCGUCAUCGACGACAACGGAUAAUCGUCCAUUGACGAAAGAAGAAUUGAAUACAAUCAUCAAGUUCGGUGCUGAAGAUCUAUUUAAAGAAAAUUCCAAUGAAGAAGGUUCAGUCGAAGAAGAAUCGCAAAGAAUUGAUAUCGAUGAAAUUCUUCGACGAGCUGAAACACGACAAGACGAUGAUUCCUCGUUACGAAACAGUAGUGAAGAUCUUCUUUCUCAAUUUAAAAUUGCCAAUAUUCAAACUAUGGAAGAUGAUAUCAUUGAACCAACCACAGUUGUGAAUAAAAAUAAAAGUUGGAAAGAUAUUAUUCCUGAAUCCGAACGACAAAAGUUCGACGAUGAGUGUCUUGCGGAAUUAACAGCUGCUUUGCCGCCACGUAGUCGAAAACGUGUGGAAUUGUUCAAUUCCACCUCCGAAUUGGACAACAACAACAACACCAAUCGCCAGUCGCAUGUUGAUAUCAUUCUGAAUGAAUUUACCACUAAUGAAAUCCGACGGUUUAUUAAAAGUUUCAAGAAAUUUGCGGAUCCCCUUCAACGGUUGGAUUUAAUCACCAUGGAUGCGGAAUUGGAAGAUAAAUCUCGGCAGGAUAUCGAAGAACUAGCUAAGCACUUAUAUAAUGAAUGUUUAGCAGCCGUUGAGCACUAUACAAGUGAAUCCAGUCCAACAACAAAUACUCAAUCGUCCUCGUCACCCAAAGACGAACAGACAACUUCUUCGAACAAUCAACGUGACAAAACGCCGACAAUACGUUUACAUAAUGUAAAUAUCAAUGCUCUCCAGUUAAUCAACUCGAUCCGAGACUUCGAACCAUUGAAGAAAUUCUUUCUUUCGAACAAUGAACAACGAAAGUCGAAUCUAUUUCCGGCAGGGAUUAAGAUCAAACCGGUACAUUGGUCAUGUAUAUGGUCAUUGGAAGAUGAUAAAGCACUUUUGCGUGGCAUUUACGAAUACGGUUAUUCCAAUUGGGAACAAAUUAAAAUGGAACCAGAGUUGGGACUUUCAUCGAAGAUUCUUCUCGAUGAUAAACAAUUGAAACCACAAGCCAAUCAUUUACAAACGCGUGCAGAUUAUCUUUUACGGUUAUUGAAGCAAUAUUAUGCAAAUCCGGCGAAUAAAAAGAAAGAGACGACCAAGAAGAAACCUCCGACAACACAAGUCUCGAGUAAGAAGACGAAAAUAUCAACGGAAGAUAAUGUUAAUGGAUCGAAACGACAACGACGGACAAAUGGACCAACAACGAGUUCGAAUGACAAACAUCCGAAAUCGAAAGAAAUUAUUGAAAAUUCCAGUGGAGACGAAGAUGCAACAACGAAUAAAUCGAUGAAAAAGAAAGUUACAGCAACAUCUACUUCUUCUUCUUCUUCUUCUCAUACUAAACCCAUCGAAGAAAAAGUCGUCAAAUCACAGAAAAAUGACGAAGAAAGUGUUUCGAAUGAUAUGUUUCAACAGUGCAAAGAAUUACUUCGACCAGUCAAGAAAUGGUUUAGUCGACUCGAUGCGCCUGAAGAAGCAUUCGAUUCUCGAGAUGAUUACAAUCGAGAAUUCGAGAAAUGUUUAUUGAAAAUCGGUGAUCAAAUCGAAGCGGUGCUUCAAACGAAAACCAACGACGAUUAUCGAACCUAUCAAGGCCAUCUUUGGACAUUCGUAUCGAAAUUUACAACCAAGUUAACUGAUGCGCAAUUGAAAAAAUCUUACCGAACAUUUGCGAAAAAACGAAACGAUGAAAGUGUACCAGGAAAUCAAACACAAAAACCUGCCCAGCACCAUCAACAGCAUAAUUCCUAUUCGCAAUCGAAUACGAAAAAUCGUCCUUCGGAACAAGAUGAAACCUAUCGAAAAGCUGGCUGGGGAUCAUCUUCGCAGGCGAGUGCGAGCACAACUUCAAGUUCUAAUAGUAAUCGGAAUAUAAAAGACGUGCGCCUGAAACACUCGUCAUCCAUGCCUUUAACAAAAUCUUCGAGAUUUGAACAAAUGAACAAUACAAUUGGAUCGACAAAUACUGGCACGACUGUUUCCGAUCAUGAUUCCCAUCAUCAUCAUCAUCCAUAUGAUCGCAAUCGAUAUCAUGCUAGUGGUGGUAGUAAUACUAAUAAUCGAAGAUCUUACCAUGAUUCUACCGGUGAUUCUGCAUCAGAAUAUCGUAAUAACUAUCAUCGAGAUCGAGACCGAGAUCGCGAUCGUGAUCGUGAUCGUGAUCGAGACAAUAGUUCAUCUCGUGGAGCACGUCGUCAUGAUUCUAUGCCUUCACGUUAUGAUCAAUCUUCAUAUAACAAUCGUUCAUCAUUUCAAAGCAAUUUUUCUCAACCGCCUCCACCUUAUGAUGAAUCUCGAUCAUCAAAUCGUUCAGGUGGAAGUAACAACAAUAAGACCCGUCCAUCACAAAAUGCUCCACAGCCUCCAUCAGCGCCUCCACCACCCCCACCUCCUCCACCACUUUUACCACCACCGCCGCCAACCGUACCGGGAAAUGAACUAUUUCAAUCAAUCUACCUUCAGUACUAUGAUAUGUACAUGCAACAAGCUACUGGGCUUUCUUCCUCGUCUCAACCAUCGACAGCCAAUUCCAUUUCUCCGAACAGCUAUGCUGAGAUGGCUGCUAACUAUGCUCGUCAACAAACUCAGUCAUCAGCCUCUCAAUCAUCAAAACAAUGA